UAAAAAACUAAGCCAGUUUUUAUUACUGUUUAUUAGCCGCUACAUGGGUCUGACGUUUGGAAUUAUUCUGCCGACUGGUCGCUACAUCCACACUAUGGGGCGUAUUAUUAUCAACAACAAGCGCAUAUGCAAUACUUACAAUUUCAACAUCAGCAACACUAUCAGCAACGCAUGUUUAUGCAACCGUCUCAACAAUAUCAUCUCCGCCAACGAAGAGCCUCAUCUGGCACCGUGGCAUCCCACUCCCACCCUACAGCUAAAGUUAAAUCCAAUCCUCAUCAUACUCAAGGACGUCCGCCAUCCGUGGAUCGACGAUCUCGGACACCUUCCAUCUCGCGCCCCCCUUCCAUCUCGUCUUCCGCUUCGCCCGUUCCAUCUCUAGAAUCCGCACGUCGUUCUUCCACCAAUUCGUUAUCCUCAUCGGCCUCACAAACCACCAUCCGUUCCGACAUAUCGACGGCAACCAAGGUUUCGAUAUCCAAGAGGUUGCGUCGCGUGUUUAGCAUCAAUCACGGUAAAAAGGAAACGGGAACCGGUGACAGCGAAACAAGCUCCAUUCGAUCCGUGGGAUCCAAGCAAAGACGUCGACGAUCAUCGUUUGUAUCGAUUUCCAAUCUGUUUCACAAAAACUCUUCGUCGGAUUUAAGCCAAUCCACCAUCAACGAGGAAGAAGAUGACGUCCACCAAUCCACUUCGGAGAUCCUGAAGCAGCCUUCGCGAAAAAAUCUUAAAGCGCGACCUUCUUGCAAAGUCUCGGAUGCAUGCAAGCCAACAUCUUUCAGUAAGCAGUCGUUGCGCUUUUCGAGUGCAGAAUCAUUACCUUCACCUGCGGCUUCUGUGGUAUCGUCGACGUACAGUCAGACCAAACGGUGUACUACCGAAGAGUACUUUGGAGGAAGCCACCAUCGAUCGCCCAUCUUGAAACCGAGCGCGACUUCUUCGACGAGUUCGUUGGGAAAAUGCAGAAAACUGCAAUUCUGUCCUACGAUUCGUGUUCACGAAACGUUUUCUCCUUCCGAAUACGACCGUCGUUGUGACUCCAACGCCACCUGCCAGAAACUUACACCGGUCUUGGCCAUGAAAAUCAAGCAGGAAUUGAAUGAGUACAAACUGUCCGAUAUGGAGAUUCACAUCGACAGUCGUCAAUAUACUCACUUUUUCCUGUAAAUUCCCCAAAUCACACUAUUCCCAAAGCUACGGCUCCCAGACACACUCCUUUUCUUUUCUUUGCUAUAUAUCACCUUUUGUUCCAUUCGUUCCCCUUGCGUCUUCCUGUCUUUUUCUCUUGUUGGUUUUUUUUUCUUUUUUUUUUUUCUUUUCCCACCCUCUCUCUCUCUCUCUCUCUCUCGCACACACGUCAUAUUUGGUUCUUUCCCCCCUUUGUUCUUUUUCUGUUUCUGUUUUCUAUCUUGCGCUCGGAAAAGCACAUUUCCAUGUCUUGACCAUAUGCAAAAUAACACAUCAACCACCAAAAAAAAAGAGACAUACAAAGUGUCAGUUUUAGAUUAAGCUGACACCGGUGUUGUGAACCCCACACAUUGGAUUCUUGCAAUUUGAUUGGCUGAAAUUUAUGAGCAGAGGGGAGAUGUGACAAAAAAAAAAGUUUUUUUUUUUAUUUUUUUCGAUUCCGGACUU